AGUGAGUGUUAUCUGUGGUCUAAAUAGACGUUGACUGUUACAAUAAAACACAAAUAAUACAAGUGCUGUUUUUUAUUCUGUCAAAUACACUCAGCCAUGAACACAGCUAAUCACAAUUGGCUUAAAAAAGAAUAUGAGUGUCCAGUACAAACCUGAGUAGGUGGAGCUACAAAAUGGAUCAUAACAGACUCGCUAGCUAGGAGAUUGGAAUGAACUCACAAUUAUUGCCAUGGAGCUCUACAAAUGUAAACCCAUGCUCCGACACUUCGAAGACAGUAGCUCCUUAUGGUGCAUACUCUUCACACUUGCAGUCAAUAACACAACCUCAUCAGUGGAGACAGCCCGCAGUUGGAUAUGACACAACAGAAGUGGUGCCAUUACCACCACAUUCCAUUACAGCCAGCAUGAUUGACCCCUGCUACACUUCUCCAUCUGCAAUCGCCACAGAACCAGUGAAGUUUCCAAAUUUAGUUAACAGACCGAACAGAGAUCAAUCUCAUGUGGCGCGGGCUGCUAUUUACUCCCGCUUCACUCCUCAUGAAUGGACGCAAAGCAAUCUCAACUACUUCAAUGAAGCCGAUACCAAUCGUAAUUUAUCAGAGAGGUUACGAUGUGAUGCUCUCCGUGUUAUGAGGGAAACAGAUGAAAAAACAGCCAUAGGACAGCGAGAUACAGGUCGGAGAAUCGGUGAGCGAAUAACUGACAUUACUUUUUGGAAAAACGAAUUGACUACUGAGUUGGAACGCAUGAUAACUGAAAGUAACCUACUCCAAGAUAUGCGGCGUGCGUUGGAGAAGGCAAUCGCAGACUGUGACCCUCCUUUACACAUAGCACAGGAAUGUUUGUACCAUCGAGAAGGAAGACAAGGCAUUGAUCUUGUUCAUGACCAAGCUGAGCAAACGAUACUGAAAGAAAUUGAAUCACUGCGAUACUGUCAAGAACGUCUUAAUAGCUUGCAUAAAAAAGUUCUUGAGCAAUUACAGAACAACAGAGCAUCUCAACAUGAAUUGGAAACAGACGUGCGGAGCAAAGAAUCUGCCUUAGGAGUUGAUUCUUUAUGUCACCAACUGACAAAUUACUCGAGAGGAAUCAAUUAUUACAGUGGGAUAGAAAAAUUUGACCCUACAGUCUCAGUACCUGAAUCUUGGGCAGAACAUUCAAACCGUAUCAUUCAGCGAUCUCAGAACCAACGAAUGAAAUCCAUGCAACUUAGGACAGACUCUGAUAAUUGUAUCAAUGAUUGUGCAAACGAAAUAUGGAAUCGCUGGAAUGCCACAAAUUCUUCUCUAGCAAGGCGGGCAAAUGAGAUGCUAGAAACCAAGAAUAAACUUCAAAUGCAUUUGCAUAAGGUGCAACAAGAAAUAUUUGAUGUUGAAAAGAACAUCGAGCUUUUGCGAAAAGCAAUCAUGGAUAAGAGCAAUCCGCUGAAAGUAGCGCAAACAAGAUUAGAAGCUCGCACACACAGAAAAGACAUAGAACUCUGCCGGGAUCCAGUGCAAAGCAGACUGAUGUCGGAGGUACAAGAAAUACAAACAAGCUUAGACAAUCUCCAUCAAAAAUUAGCACAUGCCGAAAAUCAACAUCAACAACUACUGAGAACCAAGUCAAAUCUCGAAAGCGACCUGCACAUCAAAGUCAACUCAUUAUUCAUCGACCGAGAAAAAUGCCUAGGAAUGCGACGCAGUUUUCCUAUAUCUGCUACAGUUAAGUAUUAAGUCACGAUUUAAGGUUUAUCAAUCCUGAUUCUUGACUUAUCUAUUUUAUUUUUAACUAAAAAAAAGUAGAGUGUCACACAUAAAAAUAAUCUCAAGGUUCCUUUCAAAUCUCUCUUUCAUUGCCACAAAUAAAUCAGGCAACUUGCAGGGUGAUGUCUGGAUACUUUUUUGUAAGAGCCUUCUUCUCGUUCAUGAUUGGCAAGGACUACCACUUCAAAAUUUCACUUAGGGCCGUUUGAUAUCCUUUAACGGAUAAAUGGCACGAAAAAUUGAAGGUAUCAGAGCUUCAGAACCAAUUUUUUCACAGCCUUUUUUGAUGCAAAAUAAUUCAAUGAAAUAAUUUCAGCCCCCCAAAAUUCCCUUUAGAAAUAUUUUGGGUGCCCUCAUUGUAUGACAGGAAGGGUACGUUCUGACUUCAUAUUCAGACUCCAUGACAAGGAAUGAGAACUUCAUGUUUCAAGCAAUUUUUUCCUGAACCAUCUUUUUCCGGAAUCAUGGGGCAUUUUUCAAUCAGAUGUAUUAGGCACCCAGCCCAUCUUCUUUCAAGUUUUUGAAUAAAUUUGAAAGGAGAUUUGAAGGCUGACUCACAGGCCAGAUUAGUCAAAUCUCUUUGGAUGAGACAAGCAACCACUCUGGGCUUCAAAAUAAGGAAGCCACCAUCCCCCAAAAAUUUUGAGGUUUCAUAAUCUAUAAUUGAAGAAUUUCAAACGGCAAAGGUAUAUUUUGACUUUAGAUUUCAUUCUAUAUGAAAAAUUUCAUUAGAUCACAUUGAUUGUAUCCAAAGAUUCCCUAAAAUUCAAUAAGGACCAGACUUCGUUCUAAUUACCCACUUGAAUGGCCCAGGCCCAGUGUCCGUACCUUCUGGUUGAAAAUUUUAUAAAAACAUCCGAAAAAUGCCCUAGCAGUCAAAGAAAGGAAAGGCUUUCGGAAAAAACACCUGGAACAAAAUAUUCUGAUUACCUGUCAUAGAAUUGGAGUCAAAAGUUGAAAUUUUUGACAGUUCCAAGAAAUAGAGGUUGCUCAAAACAUUCUUUGAGUGGAGUUUAGGAGGUUGCUCAAAACAUUCUUUGCGUGGAGUUUUGGCGGUUGCUAAUAUAUUUAAUAUAGUCUAUAGAGUUUAACUAGGCUGUCAAAAUCUUAGGUGUUGCUCUCAAGAUACAAAUGGCGGACAUGAGGUCUAGGUCACCCUGUUUACUGAUUAAAAUAGGGAUAUAAAUAAAUAGUUUAGACUAAGUCAAAGUCACUUGUACCUACUUUUAGUUCCAUUUCGUAUCAGAAAAAUGACUUCCUGUAAGAAUAUUCCACUUCGUCAAGAAAAAAUUAAAAAUUCUGAAGAUUACUAGAUAAUAAAAUCCUGACGAUUGCUACAUGAUAAAAUCCUGAAGAUUAUUUGGUAAUACGUUCUCUGAAAACCGUAUUCUGAGAUCAGUAGUGGAAAAAACCACGGAAACUUCAGUCAAGUUGGUAUAAGUUUAGAUUAAUGAAGAGUUAUUUUAACCUCUGUUUCUUUCUAUAUUGAUGAUUCUUUUUUUUUUUCUUUCCUUUUAUUGGUUUCUGGCACUUAUUAAAAUUCAUUGACUAUCAUGUUCACUUUCAUGGAACACAGUUACCAUUGAUGUUUUUGUUUCCAUACGUUUUCUCUGUUAAACAUUAGAAGUAAAUAGAAAUAAUCUGGGAGAGUUGCAAUUGAAGAUUUGCUCGUGAUAAUCAUUGGUUUUAUUGCAAUGUUAUUUUAACUUUAACAAGGAUGGUGGGUUUAUGUUGAUACCUUCCUUCACUUCCAAAAAUCAAACUUAAGCUGUCAAAACAAUAUCACAAAUCAAAAUAGUUUAAGAAAACAAUGUGUUCAAGAUUGUGUUCAUAAAAGUGAAUAACGAACUUGCAUCAGAUACAUUUUAAUGCAAAGAGAAACACUCGCUUUUGUUAAAUGCUAGCAAACACUCUGGGCAGUGAGGACAUAUUUGGAUCAUAUUGCCUAGAAAAGGUACUUGAAUCACGGUAUAUUUCCGAAUUUAGACUUGCAGACAGUUUUAAACAUGGGAUUGAAGCUCCGUCAAAACAUAAAAGCAUUAUAACUAUUUAAAAAAUUUAAAUCCUUGAUAAUCUGAUUACAAGCCAUUUUUUCUGCAAAGUUGUCAAAGUUGAUUGAAAUAAAAUGCAUUGCAUAAUUUCAUUAAUGCUCAAAGUUAAUGGAUGUCAUUAUUUAUCUUAUACUAAUUCAGAUUCAUCAGCAGACUUUGAGAGCUUUUUGACAAACUUUAGGAAAGAACUUUUUGGAAAAAGAGCCAGUCGAUCCAUGUAAUAAUAAUAGCAGUAAUUUAUUACAAAAUUCUAUUCCCCUCAAAUUUUCUUUAUCCGCAUUGCAAAAUUCAUACAACCUGUACUUUAUCCUCUUAAAACAUUAUCAUUUUACGUGUAUCAAAAAAACUAGUAGACAAAUAAAAUGCAAUUUUCAAGUCAUUCA